ACUGCAGCAGUGACAGCAGAGCUUGGGGAUUAUACAACAUGCAAUAAUUAAAGGGCUGGUUUCCUGAGUCGAUCGACUGUUAUUUUGAAUCAAAAUGGAUGAGGGAUAUGUUAGUGCAAAAUCCGACACCAGUUCGAAAGGCAUUUCUUACAUCCAGUCCAUAGGUGACCAGGACACAAUAUCACAACUGGAAACAAUCGACGAAGAAAAAGACUGUACAGAAAGACGCAUACAUUCGUCACUUUCAAAAGCGGCUGUGUUGAUACUGCUAGCGUACGCCUGCGAACGCGCUGCGUACUUCACAAUUGUUAACUAUAUGAACGAGUUAUGGCUGGUCACUUUCAAUUCAACGACGGCGUCAGCAGUUGUUGUUCACAUGGCGUUUGUAGGGGCAUCAGCAUGCUUGGGGAUAUUUGGUGGGACGAUGGCUGAUACGUUCUUACGCCCAAUACCAACAUUAACGAUUGGAUAUGUUCUUUUUAGUCUUGGUCUCAUUUUCCUCGAAUUUGCUGAACAUAUUGAGCGUUCCAACAGCACCGCAAAACAUCUUGCCGUGGCUGGACUGGCAACGGCUGCUUUUGGACAGGGCUGUAUUGGCGCCGUGUUACCGGUAGUUGGCGCUGAACAGUUACCAGACGAGAAGCAUCGAAGGCGUUAUAUUCAUUGGUUUUAUCUUUGGCGCAAUGUUGGGGCCAUGAUUGCAGACAUAUCGAGCGCUAUUUCGGAAGGAAUUCCGGACUUACCACUUCACUUCAAGUUUCUCAUCGCUCCUCUGUCAGGUCUGCUCUCUCUGAUUCUCUUUUUUGUGGCACUUUGGGUCAGAGUGCGAUCACCAUAUGAAAAGAAAGGGACUUUUCGUAGUUCAGGUAACUUGACUGAAAUCAGACGUGUUUAA